AAUGCGAUGUUGUGUACCUUCGCUCAUAAUCGUUGCGCCGUGCGACAGUUAACUCCCCGUCCUGGAUGUCGCGGCAAGCUUUCAUGUGCGGCAGCCCCUGCCUGGAACCCUCAGAACACCCCAGAUCCAGUAGUAAUGCCUUCUCCCUCGUUCUCACCACUGGAGUCAGUCGAGGUGCAGCUGAAGGCCUUGCGCACAAACGACGACCCCUGGCUCAAUCACGGCAUCCAAACCGCGUAUGAGUUUGCAGCGGAUGCGGGCGGCAUGGAGCGGUCCAGGUACUUUGGGUUCUCCAAGGACCUGUACCACUUCGACCACUUUCUGGGCAUGUUUGGCAACAUGUUGGGCGACCUAGUCAACUGCCAGACGCAUGAGGUGCUGCUGAGCCGGGAGGCGGAGCCGGGCGUCCAUUUGGUGCGCGUGCGUGUGGUUGGACCCACGGGUCGGCCGGGAGAGUACGACUUCACGCUUGUACGCAAGGAGCUUGGACGCAAAGCGGGCUCAUGGAUGACGAAGAGUCUCCUGAAGGUCAAUCCCUAAAGUGGGUAGACGACCCACGAGUGGAUGCGUGCAUGAGGUUUAUGUUUGCAUACGCGAUGCUGCCGCUGCCGCAAUAAUGGUUUAGGCCCGCUGUGCUAUGGCAGUGCCGGAUUUUGUUUAAAUCAGCGCUUCCAGUCUGAUUUACCUUGUGUACAGGACGCCAAAGAAGAAAGAAGCCCUAACUGUUACCCCAUUGUGGAACCGGCCAUGAAUGGGUCGACUUCAUAUGUAGCAUCGAGCCUUACUUGCGUUGUAAAGGAAC